AUGACGGACGGUUCGGCUGGUCGCGCGCCUACCGCCAGAACUCUCUAUGCGCUCAGAAAGCCCCGGGAGAGCGCACUCCGAUUGAGAGUUGUAUUCCUGGACGACAGCGAGAAGGUGUUCGAGGUGGAGAAUCGCGUCCUUGGGAACGACUUCUACAACAAGGUCUGUGGCCACCUGAAGCUGCUGGAGAAGGAAUACUUCGGACUGGAGUUCAGACACGCCUGUGGCAGCUAUGUGUGGUUGGAGCUUUUGAAGCCACUGGCCAAGCAGGUCAAACACACCAGGGAUCCCUCCUUCCGCUUCAUCGUCAAGUUCUUCCCUCCAGACCCCGGACAGCUGCAGAAAGAGCUGACUAGGUAUCUCUUUUCCCUGCAGAUCAAACAGGUCCUGUCCACCGGGAGUCUGACCUGUAACGACAACAGCUCCGCCCUGCUGGUCUCCCUCCUCCUGCAGGCAGAGUUGGGGGACUACCAGGAACGGCGGGAUGUGGAACACCUCCACAGGACGUCAUACGUCCCAAACCAGGAAAUGCUGCUGAAGAAGAUUCUGAGGUUUCACCGGAGACACAGGGGCCAGGCCCCAGGGGAAGCAGACAACCAGGUGUUGGAGGUGGCCAGGAGGCUGGAGAUGUACGGGAUCCGACCUCAGCCUGCCAGCGACGGGGAAGGAACCAGGAUAAACCUGGCUGUCACACACGCUGGAGUACUGGUGUUCAGGGGGAACUCCAGGAUUAACACCUUCAGCUGGGCCUCCAUCCGCAAGCUCAGCUUCAGGAGGAAACACUUCCUCAUCAAGCUGCAUGCCACCAUAGUGCCAUCUCGCAAGGACACAGUGGAGUUCUCCCUGGUGAGCAGAGAUGUGUGCAAGGCCUUCUGGAGAACAUGUGUGGAGAACCACGCCUUCUUCAGGCUGUCUGAGGAACCACCCUCCCAACAGAGAGCCCUCCUGUACAGCCGGGGGUCCAGCUUCAGAUACAGUGGCCGCACCCAGAAGCAACUGCUGGACUGUGUGAGGAGGGGCGAGAGAAGGAACCUGCCCUUCGAGAGGAGGUUCUACAGGGCCCACAACGACUCCAGACAGUGUAGGUCGUCACCCGAUCUGCUCACUGACGUCUCCAAGCAGGUGUACGAGCAGGCCUGUGGGUUCCCCCACCCCUCCUCCGUCCAGGGAGGGAAGCGUAGCCAAUCAACUGCUGAGGUUAUCUUCAGCCCGCCCCCUCAGACUGCCCCGCCCCCUUCCAGUCACGCCCCUUCUCGUUCUGCCUCCUUCUCUGAUGCUCAGGCCGCGCCCCCGGGCCCAUCCGACCACACCCCCCGCCUCAAAGAGGGGGAGUGGCUUCAGUGGGGGAGGGGCCGACUGCGGGGCAACACACAACAGCUGCCUCACCCCGUUCUCUUGGACAAUUUCCUUCGCUCCUCCAGCUUCUCUGGUCCCACCUCCUCCUACUCCCUGUCUCCUCUCCGUCGCAAUCGGGAACCCUACCAAGGACCGCCCCCAUGGGUGUGGCCUCCAGGCUGGGUAACCAUGGCACCCAGGGUGUACGCAACCUCCGGCUGCUAUGGCGACAGCGGCCGGGGGGAUUCGGGCCGAGACGACACGACGGCCGGCCACUUCAGCGACGACUCCACUUACCAGCCGGGGUUGCCGCGGCGCUCCUGGAGCCAAUCGGACAUGAAGAUCCUGCGACCGUCGACCCCCUCCGGUGCCUCGGGCUCCGCCCCCGCCGCAGACUUCCGCCCGCUGGGUCACUACCCACACUUGGCUCGGCGACACACACCAGUACGCCCUGCCCACUUGCCUCUCAGCCUAUCACCACUGCCCGGGAGACACGCCCCCGCGGGGGCAAUGAGCAGGACAGGAAGCGGGACAGGAAGCGGAGAGCUGAGCGACUCGGACUCGGUGUACCUGUCGUACUGGCCGGCAGCGCUGAGGGGGUUGGGAGGGGCAGGGAAGCCCGGGGGCCUGGCUCACCUCAGGGUCUCCUCCGGGAGCCUGCAGCUGGAUGAGCAGGAAGAGGACUGCCUCAACCUGGACCAGGAGCCAAUCACAGCGCCGGAGCAGCCUAGCGCAUAGCGCAGCACUUGGACCAGAAGCAAGUUAGAACACCCUGGCAGAACCCUGGGCCACAUGCAUCCUCCAGCAGGAUGUGUGUGUGUACGUAACUGGACAGCAUGGAGCAUGAUGAUCCUCUAGACAUGGAUCCAGAACAUUCUGGUACAUCAACAUCUUGCAGUUUCAUCGCUCCACAAAACACUGGACAGACACGGACACUCUCUGGGUUUCAUAAUUUAAAUAUUUAUUUUUCAAGACCAAACCAAAAUGAUUUUUGUAACAAUUGAACAAGGACAAUCCAAUAUAUACAUUUGACAGCAGCUUCCUUUCAAGCUAAGUCAACAUGGUUUCCUUUAUAAAGUCCAGACACAGAAAUAUAAAAACAUCUGUAUGUUCAUUUCUGAGGAAAUACAAAAAUACGUGAUGAUCAAACGCCUUAUUGCUUCCAGGACCUUUGAUAACGUUCCAAAACCUUUGGUAAGAUUCCAGAACCUCUGGAA